UUCAAUUUUGCAAAACGCAGUCAGUAACUUUUUAUCAAUGGAUAACAAAGCAAUGAAAACUCAGGAGACAGUUUGCCAAGAGAUAGGAACCUCUGGGACAGAAGAUGGAGAAUCUGUGGUCAUCUCUGGAAUGUCGGGGUUGUUUCCGAUGUCUAACAAUGUGAAAGAAUUAAGCGAGAUCCUAUAUAAUAAGGAAAAUCCCAUUACGGCAGAGCCUAUGCGAUGGACAUCCAACUACCCCGGAGCGUCCAAGUACACGGGCACUCUUCCCGGACUAGAACGCUUCGACGCUCAGUUCUUUAAGGUCAACUAUAACACAAGCAAAAGCCUGGAUGCCAUGUCUAGAAAAAUCUUGGAGCAGGCCUAUCAAGCCCUUUAUGAUGCAGGUGUCAGUCCGGAUCAUCUCAGUGGAAAGAAAGUGGGUGUAUAUAUCGGUAUUUGUAUUUCUGAGAUGGAAAAGAGUAUUUUCUAUGUUAACAACUUGAAGCAAGGCGUUGGUAUCUCCGGGGGCAGUAAAUCUAUGUUCGCCAAUCGCAUUUCUUACUGGCUCAACCUGAGAGGACCUUCCAUGUCUAUUGACGAAGCUUGCUGCAGCUCUUCUGCAGCCCUUGACCUGGCUUACCAGGCCAUGUCCAAAGGUGAAUGUGAGGCAGCCAUAGUUGGAGGUGCUAACUUAUUGUUGCACCCUCAAACGUCCAUUCAUACUGGCAGAAUUAUCAGUGUCUGUCCCGAUGGAAAGACGAGAUCUUUCGACGCCAAUGGUAAUGGGUGCGCUCUAUCAGAAGCCAUUCCAAUAGUCUUUUUACAGAAGUCGAAGAAUGCUUUGAGAGUUUACGCUAAACUAAUCCAUAUAAAAAACGAGUACAUUAGCACAAAGAGUGGGAGUCCAAAUUUAGGACUUUGUAGAAACCCAGCCAUUUUCUCUAAAUUCUUGAUGGAUUUCUAUGACGAAGCAAAAGUCGCCCCUGAAGACGUGAAAUAUGUGGAAGCUGUGGGAAUUGGUAUACCUGAUUCAGACAAAGCUGAGUUAGAAGCUAUUAGCAAAGUAUUUUGUAAUAAAAACAGAAGCGGAUCGUUGUUACUGGGAAGUGUGAUUUCUAAUAUUGGAUACACAGCGGCUUCGAUGGGACUAUGUUCACUGAUAAAGGUGUUACUGGCGUACCAUACUGGCAAAAUACCUGCCAAUUUGCACUACUCCAACCCUCCCAGCGAUGUGCCCGCCUUGCAGGAUGGAAGAAUAUGCAUCGUCACCGAGCACGAACCCUUCACACGCGGUUACAUUGGCAUCAACAACCACUCCAUCACAGGGUGUAGUACACAUUUGCUAAUCAACUCACAAUUUAAGCCUAAGGAUUAUAAGCGAUACAAAUCGAGCAUACCUCAUCUGUUGAUGAUAUCCGGUAGACAAGAGAGCGCUGUCCAACAAAUUUUUGACGAUUUGAAAUCUCGUCCAGUGGAUCCUGAGGAACUGGCGCUCUUUCACAACUUUCACAGCGCAAAUAUAACUGGUCAUCUCGCCAGAGGGUUUAUGAUUCUUGAGACGGAUGCUGAACAGAAGACGGUGAGCCUGACGGAGCAGGUGGAGUACUUCGACGACGCGCGCCGCCCGCUGUGGUUCGUGUACAGCGGAAUGGGCUCGCAGUGGGCCGGCAUGGGCACGCAACUUAUGCGCAUACCCAUCUUUGCCGCCGCCAUCCGAAGAUGUCAGCGUGCUCUCGAGCCGAAGGGAAUUGACCUAGUUCAUAUCAUAACUUCCACUGACAAGAAUAUCUUCGAUAACAUUCUUCACUCGUUUGUUGGCAUCGCUGCUGUACAGAUCGGACUGACAGACAUCCUGCGGGAACUUGGACUGGUCCCUGAUAAAAUCAUCGGUCACAGUGUGGGGGAGCUGGGAUGCGCCUACGCUGAUGGUUGUUUUACGGCCGAGGAGAUGAUCCUGUCCGCGUACAGCCGCGGGCUGGUCUCCGUGCAGACGCCUUUCAUACGCGGCUCCAUGGCGGCCAUCGGUAUAGGCUACGAAAAAGUAAAGGAUAUGCUUCCUCCGGAAAUCGAUGUAGCUUGCCACAAUUCAGCAGAAUCCAGCACUGUAUCAGGUCCAGCAGACGUGGUGCAGGAGUUCGUGGCCAAUCUCUCUUCGAAGGGAAUCUUUGCGAAGGAAGUGGCGUGUUCCAAUAUCGCGUACCACUCCCGGUACAUCGCUGAAGCUGGACCAGGACUCUUGAAGAACUUGACAGAAGUAAUAAAGAAGCCAAAACAGAGGAGUGACCGUUGGGUGUCCACAUCUGUGCCGAGAGACAAAUGGGACGAGCUAGCCUCAAAAACCUCGUCAGCUGAAUACCACACUAACAAUUUACUGAGUCCAGUACUUUUUGAAGAAACAGCUACACUGAUUCCGGCUAACGCAGUGCUGGUGGAAAUCGCCCCGCACGGGCUGCUGCAGGCCAUCUUGAAACGUUCGCUCCCCAUCUCCUGCAAGCACAUACCUCUCACGCGCCGUGGACAUCCUGAUAAUGCUUUUAUUUUACUCGAAAGCAUUGGCAAGCUUUUCAUGGGAGGAUAUAUUCCUAAAGCCAGCGUCUUAUACCCAAAAAUAGAUUUCCCAGUAUCUACUGGAACACCAAUGCUGUCACACCUGGUGGAGUGGGCCCACACAGAGAGAUGGCCUCUUUCUGUAAGCGUAACAGCAAAUCCAAAAAAUGCAUCUGCUGCCAAAUUUGUGGUUUGUCUUCACGAUCCUGAGUACAGUUAUUUAAGUGGGCAUAUUAUCAAAGGAAAAAACGUUUAUCCUUAUGCGGCUGCCUUAGUAGCCGUAUGGGAUACUUUAGCAAUGGUCCAGAAAAAGACUAAAGAAACUUUGUCGGUGACAUUCCGGGAGGUCGAGUUCUUUGCACAACCAGUUUUGAACAACAUGAGGCCAUUGAAAAUAAAUGUUGCAAUACAUAGAGGACAAGGUCGCUUCGAAGUUAUGGAAAGAAAUUCAAAAAUAGCAAUCGGAUAUAUCGUUCAAGGGCCACAGAAUAAAAAAUAUUUAUCACCUGAAAUAAAUGAAGAUACUGAUAUGAUUUAUACUGACAACGAUAUUUACCAGAUACUUUCUGAUCGAGAAUAUCAAUACAGGGGUUUAUUUCGUAGCAUCAACGCUGUCAACAAGUCUCUCACGAAAGCUAAACUUCUUUGUAAUAAUAAUUGGGUGACUUUAAUUGACAACAUGAUUCAGUUAAAUGUUUUGCGACAGAAGCACGAUGCUAUCUCCAAACCUAUGGGCAUACGAAUAAUACAUAUUGACACCAAAGAGCAUAGCGUAGCGAAUGUAACUGAAUUAAAUGGAAACAACGUUUUUGUAGCUGACGUCGACGAAAUAUUAGAUAGAACUAGAUGCGGAGGAAUAACUAUGGAAUCUUUAAAAUUCGGUAAUCUUGCCCAUUCCCAUUCUGAAACAACUUUACAAUUCAUUCCUCAAUUUGGGCCGUCAGAUGGUGAUGAUGCGAGCAGAGAAGUAGAUAUUUCAACAUUGAAAGAGAAACGAUCAUCGUUUCCUUAUAUUGCUUUACGAAGCAAGAGCAUUGGUGAUUUUAAGUCGCUCACUUGGAUGACAGUUCCAGAACCUGUCAGUUCUGGUGUAUCUGUUACGGUACAUUACGCUGGACUGAAUACUGUGGAUUCAAUGAGGGCCGAGGGAACAGGUGACGAACAUAUAGGAGGAGAUAUCGAUAAUCUUUCUUAUGGAAUGGACUUUAGUGGUGUUACUGACCAUGGUGUUCGAGUGAUGGGACUGAUAGCGUCUGGCGCAGCGAGUAACCGCGUGAUGGCACUUCCUGAUCUGCUGUGGCCUGUACCAAAACACUGGACGAUGCAAGAUGCGGCUACUGUUCCUAUGCCGUAUGCCUUUGCGUUUUAUUGUCUUGCGAUCAAAUGUUCAAUGCAAAGACACAAGAGUAUCCUAGUGCACGGCGGUACAGGAGCCCUCGGCCAGGCCGUCAUAUCUAUAGCGUUAGCCCACGGACUGCAGGUGUUCACUACUGUCAGUGACAUAAGGAAGAAGCAUUUCCUUAAGCAACUAUACCCAGAAUUAAAUGAGGAUCACAUUGGAAACUCAAGAGAUAAUUCCUUUAGAGAUAUGGUAAAGGUACACACUAAAGGACAGGGGGUCGCAUAUGUAAUUAAUUGCACAAAAGGUGAACUCAAAGAUGUCACAUUCAGUUGCACGGGUUUAAACAGUAUCAUCUUAGAUACUAUUCAAAUACCCAGUGGUGAGAAAUACAUACUGAAGAUGCAUUGUUUGACUCGUAACAGAUCCUACUUUUGGGUUGACUUCUCAAAGAUUACUAAUGAGAAAAUAAAUAGGCUUAAAUUGCAAGGGCUUAUGUGCGAAGGCAUACGUCAGGGGUACGUGCGGCCGCUGUCGCGCGUGACGUACGCGCCGCUCGACGCGCCGCGCGCCUUCCGCCUGCUGCGCGCCAGCCAGCACCGCGGCCGUGUGCUGCUCUCGCUGCAGCACCUGCCACGACCCCAGCCCAGGAUUACAUGUAGUCGGAACCAGACACAGAUACUGAUUUGCGAUAAUCCAGCUCUCGGUGUCCACCUAGGAGAUAAGUUGGUCAAACGAGGUGCAACAAAAAUAGUUCUGCACUUACCGAAGUCAACAUCCCAAGUGCUUUAUAAGCAACAAUUUUGGCAAGAUAAUGGAGUGGUAGUAAAGGUAUUCAUUUCUAAAUUUGAAAAUAAAAACGAUGUUGAUGACAUGCUAAUUAAAGCCAACAACAUGGGUACUGUAGAAGGAAUUCACGUUGUUACAUCUGAAUCCAACACAAAUGAUAAACAAAAAGUUUUGAAUUAUCUAGAUAAAUUAUCUAGAAAUCUUUGUUUGUCAGUAAAGUAUUUCUCAGUAUUAACUGCCGAUAGCGAAUUUGGUAACGACACAUGCAUCAACAGAUCUCAGGAAAAAUUGCCAGCUAUAAAAAUCUGCCUGCCGUUUCUGAAAAAGAUAAAUGAAGCACCAGAUGGAUCUUCGAAUGUUAGAACUACUUAUUGGCAUGCCUGUGAAGCUCUUGAAUAUGCUGUCAACGCUAAGGAAACAAUAUCUCUGGCACAAAUCAUAAAGCUGAACAGGAGUUCUUUACUGAACAGUGUAAUCACUUUAGCAGAUUUAAAUGUACCAGAGCAUAAUAUUGACGAUGAUGUAAAUCUUGGAAAACUUGGUGUAAGCAUUGAGAAAGUGCCAGCCAUUGAUGUUUUUUUGUGCAAUGAAUAUAAUCUCUCUUUAUCUGAAGAACACAUUCUGCAGCUGACUGUUAAAGACUUACGAGAGAUAGAGCAGAGCAUAAAGGGAAAGGAGCCGAUGGAAAUCAAAGGCUUGGAUAUGUUCUUCUCACAUUUCGACAGUGAUGAAUUAAGCUCUACUACUGAAACCAUGUUGCUGCCUACACUGGCAAAUGAUAUUAUGAUGAUGAUUGACGAUAUCGAUAUCACAAAAAGAUACCUUUGCAUCAUUCCUGGACUGGAAGGUCACUACGAGAAAUUCAAAGGUAUAUGUGAACGGCUAAAGAUGCCAGCAGUAGUUCUUCAGCCGGGUUUGGAUGAACCCAACGAAAGUAUCGAGCAAAUAGCUGUUAGAUAUGCCAAGAUCCUCAUGCAGACGAUAUCAGUAAAAGAUAAUUUUUAUCUGUUGGGAUACGAAAGUGGCGUGUUGAUCGCCCUUGAAACUGCAGCUAUCUUAGAGAAGCAUGGACUCUCGGGCACAAUAUACUUGAUCGGAGCUACACCGGAUGAAUUCAGGACCAUUCUUCAAACAGAAGUUGACAAAUAUAAAAACGAUAAAGAAUUGCAAACGGCAAUUUUGAAGCAUAUGUAUAAGCUUAUAUGUGGGACGGAACUAAGCUUCGAAAUUGAGGAAAUCGUAGAAAUGGAGAACCGUAUCGAAUUGUGCGUUAGAAAUUUACUUGGAUGUGUUUCACUCUCAGCUCAGUACACGCGAUCGAGUCUUACAUUCCCUUACUAUCGUAUCAAGCAAGCCCUGCUAUACGAACCUCGAGUUUCACAGCUUCAAUCUAAAAUUGUUUUUCUUCAACCUAAUAGUUCUGACAAUGAUGGAGCGUAUAGAACGCUACAGAAAUUUAGUAAGCAGAAAGUUGUUGUUCAUAAACUAACCCUACCAUUCGCUCAAGUGCUGCAAGAUUUAAGAUGUGCUUCGUUUAUCAAUCAAUAUUUGGAAAAAGAUGUUCUGGAGACAUAUAAUACGAUGAAUCAUUGUGAAACUUAUCUAUCUAAUGCUGAAAAUUACGUUAAUCUCGUUGACUGUUAGUUAAGACGAUAAAUAUAAUUAUUAAGCUCUGUGUUUAAGGUUUCAGAUUGGUAAAAGUAUGGUUUUAAAACGUUUUUUAAUUGGAAAGGUGUUUGUGAAAUGUGGUUUUACGGUUAGCAGUUAGAAAAUAAAAC